AUGACAUUUGUCAGUAGUUAUACUAUCGCGACGGUUCUUAGUCUUCAGACACUCUGUACUUGUAUUGUCUUUACACUUGGACAAUAUAUCUAUACAUUCUAUUUAGAAAUCUAUACAUUAUCACCACAUCCUAUUCAGAAUUCAACAUUUCUAAACAAAACAGUUAAUAAUUCAUUAGGCAAAUGUAUAAAAACUGGUAUUUCUGGAAAUAAUAUUGCUCAAGCAUGGGCACAACAACGAUCUGCCGAUCUAUUCUUUUGGGCGAAUCUAUGGAGUUGUUGUCCAAUUAUUAUUAUGACUUAUAUUCUUGGAUUGUAUACUCCAAAAUUAGGUAGACGAUUUGUUCUUAUGUUACCGAUGAUAGGCAAUGCAACUCAAUUAAUUAUUUGGUUAUCUAUUAUAUAUUUUCAUUUACCUGAAUAUUGGUGGUAUGUAGCUGCAUUUAUAGCUGGUUUAUCAGGUUCUGAUAAUGUUCGAAAUUUUGUUCUCAAUUUAUUUAUUACUGAAAAUACUGUUGAAAGUGAACGUUCAUCUCGAUUUGUUAUUUUUGGUGGAAUAUCAAUGAUAGUUUCUGCAAUAGGAGCAUUUGUUAUUGGUUAUUAUAUAGCAUGGCAAGGUUUUACUGAUUUAUAUUGGGCUGCACUUAUCUUGCAUUUAAUUUCAAUUUUUAUUGUUAUAUUUUAUUUUAAAUCAGAUACGUAUCAUUACAAGUCUUUAUCGAAUUCUAAUGAUUCCGAUUCAUUUCUAAAUACACAAAGCUCAGUGACAAAUUGGAGUUAUUUUUUUGAUAUUUGUAAAGUUUUUGGAUUUCAAAAUCGUUCACGUAAAAAAUCAAUUAGUCUUCUACUUACACUUUUAGCUUAUGCAUCAUUUUCAUUUAUUUGUACAGCAUUUACUGUACUUCUUUUAUAUCUUCUUAAUGCUCCAUUUUGUUGGACAUCGAAACAAAUUGGAAAUUAUUCAGCAACAGCAUUAAUUGGUUUUGGUAUUUUUAGUGUAUUAGGAAUGAAAAUUUUAACAAAACUUGGUGCUUGUGAUAUAAUCAUAUGUAUAAUUAGUCAUAUAUUUUUUUUUCUUACAUCAAUUUGGAUAGCAUUUGCUGAAAAUAAUUGGCAAAUGUAUGCAGGAUUAAUACUUGGUUCAUUGUCUGGUUAUCAAAAUUUUUUAACUCUAUCAAUGAUAUCAAAAUGGUUGGAAAUACAUGAAAGAACAAGUGCUUUUACAUUAGUGACAGAAAUAAAUACAAUUAUGAAAGUUCUGGGAUAUUGUUUCUUCAAUUGGGUCUAUGCACGUACAGUAAUUAAUUAUAAAAAUUUUACUUUUUUACUUGCAGCUGGUCUAUGUAUAAUACCACUUGUUUCGAAUAUAUGUUUAUGGUAUGUUUCAAGAUGGAUGCCUGAUGAAGAUGAUAAACAAGAAAUAAAUGAAGAAGAAAUAGAUUUAAAUCCAAUGUCAGUUUUAGUUUCAUCGGAAUGGCCACCACAAAUUGGAGAUGCUAAUUCAUUUUUUAUACCACAACAAUUAUCCGAUAUAUCACGUACAAGUUCAAUAACAUCAACAGAUUAUUGCAUAGAACAAGAUCAUAAUGUUCAGACUAUUUGA